CGAGAGACGGUUCCGGACAGCCAGGCCUCUGGGGACCUGUAGCACAGGCCACCAUCUUGCCACAUUCUUUGCUUCCUGUUCUGAGAAUCAGGUGCCACUAAGAUGUCAAACCCAUUCCUUAAACAAGUGUUCAACAAGGACAAGACAUUCAGGCCCAAACGCAAGUUCGAGCCUGGCACGCAGCGCUUCGAACUACACAAGCGUGCACAGGCAUCUCUUAAUGCGGGCCUGGAUCUGCGGUUGGCUGUGCAGCUGCCGCCAGGUGAAGAUCUCAACGACUGGGUUGCCGUGCACGUGGUGGAUUUCUUCAAUCGCAUCAACCUCAUCUACGGUACCAUCAGCGAUGGCUGCACCGAGCAGUCGUGCCCAGUCAUGUCCGGGGGCCCCAAGUACGAGUACCGCUGGCAGGACGAGCAACGCUUCCGGAAGCCCACGGCGCUGUCCGCACCCCGCUACAUGGACCUGCUUAUGGACUGGAUCGAGGUGCAGAUCAACAACGAGGACAUCUUCCCCACUAAUGUCGGCACACCAUUCCCCAAGACCUUCCUGCAGGCAGUGCGCAAGAUCCUGUCAAGGCUGUUCCGUGUGUUCGUGCACGUGUACAUCCACCAUUUCGACCGCAUCGCCCAGAUGGGCUCUGAGGCGCACGUCAACACCUGCUACAAGCACUUCUACUACUUUGUCACCGAGUUCAACCUCAUUGACCCCAAAGAGCUGGAGCCCCUGAAAGAGAUGACAUCACGGAUGUGUCACUGAGGACCCCUCCCGUCCGCUGAGACUUGGGGAGACAACUGUGUGCAGCUCGUGUCUCAGGAGCAUGGCACGCUCACUCACGCCACUGUCUGAGGAGCAGCAAGACCACAGCUUCCGCCCCCUCUCGUGGUGACUGUGGGCCCUGACUCUAACCCGUCCCCUUGCCGGCAUCCAGGGCCUGAACUUGAACCUGGACACUGUGCUUUCAGCCACUGGGUUUACACUGUAUGUGCCAUGGCCUCCGAGAGGAGGCAGGAUCUGGAGCCACUGCUAACCACCACUUGUCCCUUCUCCAUGGCUCUCUGCCCUGACAGCUUUGUCCCUCACUUGCCAACCUGGAAGGGGAGGGGCCACCAGAUGUCUUCUGUUUACAGCCACAUUGUGUGUGGGUGACCACAUAGGCAGCCAGCAUACCUCCAAAGAUGAACUAAUGUGCCAUGCCACCCCCAGCACCCCCAGGGCAGGACUCCCAGUAUUGGGUGUUCUGGGGGUCUUUGUAGGUCAGGAAGGGUGCAUACACUGCAUGCCUAUGAUCCCAAGACUCUGCAGGCAGCUGCAAGGAGGAUUGCUAUAAACUUGAGGCCACCCUGACCUCCACAGUAAUGGUCAGGCCAGCCAGGGUCUCAUAACAAGAUUGUCUUAAAAAAAAAUGUAAAGGAGCCAGGCAGGGUGGCACAGGCCUUUGAUCCUAGUCAGGAGGCAGUGACAGGCAGAUCUGUCAAUUCGAGGCCGGCCUGGUCUACACAGAGAGACCCUGUCUUAAAGAAACAAAACAAAACCGGUAAGGUUCUGCACAGUGGGGAGGUGUUUGCCACGUGAGCGUGAGUGCACAUGUGUGACCCCCACACCCAUGGAGGAGCCUGGGAGAGCCAGACAUAGGGUGCCCAGGGGACAGGGAGAAUCAGGCAGCCAUGGGCUACCCCAGUGCGCAGCCACACAAACGCACACACAGACUGGCUCUGUUGUGAACACGGCUGGCUUCAUUUCCUUUCUUUUUUUACAUUGUUGGUUUGGUUUUGAAACUGGCCUGGAACUCACAGAGAUCCUCCUGCCUCUGCAUCCCAAGUGCUUUGUUAAAGAUGUAAGGUACCAAACCCAAGUCUAUUCAGAAAUAUUUUUGGUUUUGUUUGUUUGUUUGUCUUUGUUUUUGUUUUGAGACAGGCUCUUACUAUGUAGCCCUGGCUGUCCUGGAACUUAUUCUGUAGGCCAGACUGGCCUCCAACUCACAGAUCCACCUGCCUCUGCCCCCAAGUGUCAGCCAGCUCAUCUGGAGAUUUUUGGGAUUACUGAUAACUGGUUUCUAGUGGCCACCCUCCUGGGAACAGUAUCUGGGCUAACCUGGGAUCCAGUAAUGAAUUCACUUGUGGCUCCCACCCUUAGAUCUGCAGUUCCUGGAAGGUGGUGACAGGAACCUCUCUCUUCAGUGGCAGCCUAUUGUGUAGCAAAACUAUGUGUGUUGUGUGGCCCCUGUGGGCCACAGGACCAAACUCCAGCAGGUCCCUGUCUGUCAUGCCAUGGAGGGUGUAGCAGAAUAUGACUGUUCCCAGCUCCAACUUUUGAGCCUCAUGGCCAUUCCCUGAGACCUCUGCACUCUCAAGACCCUGAGGAAUUCUGGUUACUUUUCCAGAGGCUGCCACUAAACUAAAUGUGUACAGUUUAAGCUUGGUUGCCUGAGCCCAGGGCUGAGAGACACCCCUGGGUACUUCCCGAAGUCACUGUGCCCAAUACCCAGCUCUGGAAGAAUCAGGGACCAGCCCUCAAGGCUUGACUGAGUGUAUUUCUCACCUGUAAGACUUGGCCACCUUGCCAAAUCCCAGCAGCCCAGGGAGGGGUCCACCUGCCUCAUUCACUCCCACCUCUGUGCCAGCCUAAGAAUAAAGUGGUCCUCUCCAUA